GAGGGUGGAGACGUGUAGCCAAAAUAGAGCAUGCAGUGUCCACCUUGCAUCGAGUUCAGCACUGACUGUGUCCUUACCUCCGUGACCGACCCACCCGCAAUGUUAGCAGAGCAAGAGCAUACUCCCAGUCGUCCCCUGGUGCAAGCUGAUGAUGGAGAAGAGAAGGAGUGCUAAUUUUGCAUUUGUUUUGUUGUUAUGCACCACCGUCAUCAUCUCGGCUGGUGUUGCUGCAAAAGCAGGCGACGAUCACGACAAUUUGAGUGUAGAAGAAGAAGCAGGAGCAGCAAGAAUUGAGGGCGAGGGCAGGGGCAGGAGUUGGGUUGAAGAAGCAUUGGUCGACGCCAUUUCUGUGUUCACAGUAACAUCCGCAGCACCCCCUUGUGCUACUCCACACUACUGGGACCGCCUUAGGACCUGGGUCCUUGAUCCACUGCUCGCCUAUCUCUUCCCUCCCAAAAUAGAUUUCCGACCAGGAAAGGCUGACGACGAUGAAGAUGGCGGCGGGCAUGGAAAUGAGAACGUGAAGGAAGCUUUAACCAAGAGUUUUGAUCAAGGCAAACAAAUUGUGCAGGAUUCCGCCAAGGCUGCCGCCGACAUUGCCGGAGAACUCUAGUCAUAUCUACUCUACAAUACAUUUGCUUCAAUAUCCUACUCUUGAAUUCAAUUUGGAAUACAAUAUGCAUGUAUAUUAUUCUGGCCUUUGUUUAUAGAUGUUCUUCCUUCUGGGUGGCUAAUUUGUUUCCUUUAUGAUUUCCUUCUUUUAUAUUCAGUUUUUAAUCUCAAUAUCAUAACCCAAUGUUUUCACUUCUUCAAUA